AACAACCUCAGGGGGAGGGGGGGAGAGAGUGCGUGUGUGUGUUGAAGGGUUCGAAACUUUUUUGUUGUUGUUUUUUAAAACACACACAGUCGCAAAGAAAACGGAGUUUGGGGAAGGCGAACCUCAGAGAGGCGGUAGUGAGGAGAGGAAGGAAGGGAGGGAGGACGGACUGACUCACUCACUCCGCCGCCUUCAGAAGCCGAGCCUUACGCUUGGAGAAGCGGCUGCCUGUUACAGGCUGAGUCCCUGUGCGGCGGGCCGCCUUGAAACCGAGCCUGACGAUGCUUGUUAGUUUCGUGCUUCGAAACUGACGAGGAAAAGGUUUCCAUGUUGAGAUUGAGCUCCUGAACUCCCCCUCCCUCUCUCUUUCCUUUCCCCCCCUCCCCUCCUCCAUUUUAAACAAAAAUAAUAUAGAAGCAAUUUUUAAAAGAGAGAGAGAGAGGGGGGGAAGGGGGAGAGGAGAGAGAGAAAAAUCAGAUUUUGGAUUUGCAUAAAAAAGACUGAUGGACAAUAUGUCUAUAAUCACACAAGUCAGCAAAGAAGAACUGAAAACGCCGCUGCGAGAGAAAGGUCGCCUGUCCGUCUCCAGCAAGAAGCUACGGCAGCGCAGUAUCCUCCGGACCAUCUUCUGCUGUCUGGCUCACACUGAGGAUGAAGGUGACCAGGCCCUCAGCAACAGAAACAACAACUCCUCCCAGGUGCCUGAUGGCAAGAACAGCACCUCCCAGACUGCUGUUGACCACCACCUCCUCCCUGAAGUCAAGGUUCAGGACAGUGGGAAGAAAUGUGUUGUCAUUGACCUCGAUGAGACUUUAGUUCACAGCUCAUUUAAGCCGGUGAGCAAUGCAGACUUCAUCAUUCCCGUGGAGAUUGAUGGCAACGUGCAUCAGGUGUACGUUUUGAAGAGGCCUUACGUGGACGAGUUUUUGAGGAGAAUGGGCGAGCUCUUUGAGUGUGUGCUAUUCACAGCUAGCCUUUCCAAGUACGCAGAUCCUGUCGCAGACCUCCUGGACAAGUGGGGAGCGUUCAGAGCCCGACUCUUCCGUGAAUCCUGCGUCUUCCACCAAGGCAAUUACGUCAAAGACCUCAGCCGGCUGGGGCGGGACUUAAACAAUCUCGUCAUCGUUGACAACUCACCGGCUUCCUACGUCUUCCACCCCAACAAUGCUGUUCCCAUUGCCUCCUGGUUUGACGACAUGUCUGACACCGAAUUGCUGGAUCUCAUCCCUUUCUUCGAGAGACUGUCGAAGGAAGAGGACAUUUUCACGUUGCUGCAGGAACACCAAUCGAGGUAGCACUGAGCGAGGCCCUGAAUGGACAAACCUCGAUCUUCCUGCUCCCUCACCAACACGCUCCCCUACCCUCGCUGAUGGGGAGGUGGGGAGCAACUCCGCUCUGGGCGAAGCCAUGACUCCUCUCACCCUGCGUGCCUUUCCUUCAUCAAGAGGGAGAAUAGCAAAUACGUGAGCACUGCUCACCCAAACAGCGCGGGGGGAAGAGACGCACAUACAGGCACACAUGCACACCACACACACAUACACACACACUAUACGCACACAGGCACACAACACACACGUGCACAGGCACACACGCACACAUGCACACCACACGCAUACAGGCACACCAUACACACAGGUGCAUGCACACACUCUCACACACAGGCACGCGUGUGCACACAGGCAGGCCCACACACACACACACACAGGCAGCCACACACAUACACAGGCGAAUGGGCGUGCGCGCACACAGGCAGUCUCACACACACACACACACACACACACACACACACACACACACAGGCAGCCACACACAUACACAGGCGAAUGGGCGCGCGCGCACACAGGCAGUCACACACACACACACACACACACACAGGCAGCCACACACAUACACGGGCGAAUGGGCGUGCGCGCACACAGGCAGUCUCUCUCUCACACACUCACACACACACACACACACCCCCCAACUGUUUGCAACCCCCUCCCCUCUGCACAGCAUUUAAAAAUACACACACAGAAAUCAGGGCUGGCUCCUGUCGCACUUGGCCAUGUUCUCUUCUACACUGUAUUUCCAUCGAUUGGAACCAGGGGAGUGGGUGCUAUGUCUAUAUGGGUUUCAGUUUGGGGAGUGUGAUAUCAGGCAAUCACCUCCAUUGGUGUGACCAUUGUUCUCUCCUGUUCUCUCACUCCUUCCUCGAACCCCCUUACUGGGGAGAGAAGGUCAACCGCAAUGCCUUCUGCAGCUGAUCAGCCAACCAUGCCGGUGAGCUGGGGGCUGUGUGGGACGAUUGGUUACAGAGUGAAAGUUGUUAAAUCAUUAGAAAGAUUUCCCUUGACAUAAAAGAAUCUGGAGAGAAGGGCAGGCCGGUUGAGCUAAAGGUAGAUGUGUGAAGUGGUGUUUGGUACAGAAAUGGGAGAGGGUGGGAGGAGAAGACAGGUUGGAGAUUGUGGGGGGAAUGGGGGUGGGGAGCAGUGGCGAGAGUAAAGGGACGGAGUGAGUUGGGUGUUUUGGUGUGUCACGUCUGAGGGGCCGAGUCCUGGGAUUAGCACUGUGACUAAUAUUCAGGCUGCUUUCCGCCGGGAUUAAACUCCGUGAUUCCGUUUUUUAAACAUUUGAACAAUUAAAUGCCCUGGCAGCUGUUUUUUUUUAGUAUCCCAGUAUGACAGCCUGUUAGAAACAGAAACUCAGGAACUCCCUUCCAAUUGGAGCACAUUGUUUGGACAGCGGGGGAUUUAAAUAAAAACUCGCUGGUGAAGUUGAGAAGUUUGUUCUCUCCUCUCUCAACCAUCUUGACCCACAUUGGAGUAAACGAGAGCCCCUUCGGUGCUGCUGUUCGGCUGUGGUAGGAAUCACAGUCAGGCUUUUCAGCUAGCAGGCCGUCACGUUUUUAACUGGGUCGGGGUGUGGGUUGGUUAGGCAGCUAAACAUUCCACCACCCCCUUACCCACCCCCCUCACCCUGGGGCAGUGAGGGUCACUAUAAACCUUCCCACAAUACCCCAGCUCUGUCACGCAGACACAACAUGCCUCUCCAUCCCAGACAGGGGUCUACACUGGCCUGCUUUACAGCAUCAGUGUGAUAAAUAAACAGCUCAGCCUCUGAACUGGCCGUACACACCAGCAGGAGCAGCAAGUUACCGACUCUCACUGGGUUAAAGGAUCCUUUUCCUUCACCUCUCUGUACAUUGUACUCUAUGCACCAUACUGAGGGAUGUACAGGAUAGAGACAGGCCAUUCGGCCUGCAUGAUGCAUCAUGUUUCUGCUCCUACUCUCCUGAGCUUCUACACUACCUCCAGCACCCACACCCCUCACCCCCUCACCCCCUCACCCCCUCACCCCCAGCAACCACACCCUUCACCCUAUCAUGCUAUCUCUCUGUGCCUCUCCCUCUGUUUAUUCAGACUCCCCUUGAAGUGAUCGCCAACUUCCACUACCUACUCUCCCCAAGACAGAGCUCCCCCACCCCCCCCCCCCCCCCCCCCCCCCCCCCCCCCCCGAGGGAAGAUGGUUUUCCUGAAAUCCCAAUGGGAUUAUUUGGGCUUUAUCCUGGGGGCCCAUGUAGUGGUGCUCUUGGUGUGGCUCAGCCUGGGUGCUGAUCGCCCACUGAAGCCAGCGCACAGUGCUCAGGGGGAGUGGGAUACACCACACGGUUACUCUGCUGUUUCUGACACCCCCACUGUGCAGUUUGACACUGCACACAAUUAUCACCUGUUUAAACAAUUUUAUUUAAUCAGUGCAAUUUCAGUUAAACUGAUAAAUUACUGAUUUACUUCAUUUGUUUAUAGUUCAAUUUAACUUAAUUGUUUAUAAAUUAAAAUGAUUAAGUGGGUGAUAGUGAAUUUACUGUAACCCCCCUUGGGAAUAAGCAGGGCCCAAUCUGUCAGGGCGGUGGAGGCUGGGUGAGGGUCAUGUUGAGGGGUGACCUGACCGGGAACACGCUCUCUCGCGCGCUCUCUCGCGCGCUCUCUCGCUCUCUCUCUCUCCCACUCUCUCUCCCAUCCACCUCCUCUCUUUUUCCUUCCCUGUCUUCUCUCUUUCUCCUUGCCCCUUCUCUCUCUUCUUUCUCCCCCUUCGCGCUCUCAUUUCUCCAUCCCCCCCCCACCUUCUCUUCCCCUUCCAUCUGCCUCCUCCCACCCAGUGUUUUCCCUGCCGCCUUACCCCAUCCUCCUCCCUCUGUCACACACACAAAACCCCCAGUCCCUCAGGGAGUUAAGUCUCCACACUUUCAGAAGCAGCUUCCCAUUCUCCUCAGUGAAAGCCCCCCGAGAUGUGGUCAUGGACCAGUUCAUGGCUGUGUGUGCGUGUGUGUGUGUGUGUGCGCGCGCCAGUCAUUCCCCUCCCCUCCCACAGGCUGCCCAGGAAGACUUGGUGGGUGGAGGUCAACCUGAUCUCGAUGGGGAGAUGCCCCACCUGGUUGAAUAUCUGUGUGCUCCCACCUGCAGUUCUGUGAGCUCGCAGAGGGGGGUGGGGGGUUUGGUGGUGGUGGUGGUGGGGGGGGAGGGGGGAUUGGUGCUGGUGGUGGUGGUGGGGGUGAUGGGUGUUGGUAUAAGCUGGCCUGACCACCUGGAUGUUAGGUGGGAGGGUUGCUCAUCCUCCCCCAGGGUCACCUCAGGAAGGGCGGGGGAUGGGGGAUGGAAGCUGCCUUGUGUCCUAAGCACACAGCGGUCUUGGGGGAGGGAGAUCUAUCAGAGCUCCCUCCCCACCCCCCCCCCACCCCCCCCCCCCCCCCCCCACCCCUGCCCGCCCCCCCCCCCCCCUCGGCAGCUGUUCCUUGGGCACCCUGUGUCCGGUGUGUGGGGAGGUGGGGGACAGCUGAAAUACUAGGCAGCUAACACACUGUGGUGUGUAACAAACAUAAAGAAGAUCUCAGUCAUGGUCACGUGGGCUGAGUUUAGAAUUUUUGCAGAAACUGUGAUUUAUUUUGAGGCAGGUCAGUGACAUGGAGGGAUGGCUGUGAUGGGGGGGUGGGGAGGGGGGGAAUGCUGUUCAUACAACGGCUGCCUGUACAGAAUCUGGGGGUGGGGUGGGGGAAUGCAGAGAUUCCCGACGGCGGGAGAAUUGGAUGGGGUCAGUGGCACCCAUUACUCCUCAGGGCAGCCCUUCAACAGGGUGAAUCCAGCGCUCUCAGUCUCAGGCUUGUGAUGUGAUGCCCAUCACAGUGGAAUAGCCUGCUGAUACUCCACCGCUGGGUGGCCUCAUGAGGAGGGUGACUGCCAGGAGAUGACACUUACCUGAGGGGUGGAGCGGAAGUUAAGUGAUUGGUUCAAGGAGCUCUGUCAACCUGACAGUUAGGAGCGAGUGUCUUAACGUCAUGAGGAAAGGGGCCUCCGUCACACACCCAUCACCUGCCUAAACAUCACCACUCUACACUCAGAGUUCCCCAGGGUCACCCCAACACCCAGUUUGUCUUUUGAACUUCCUUCCAGUUGACACUGAGCUGAGAGUUUAGGAUUUGCCACCACCGCCCCCUUGAGCAGGGUGUGUGUGAUGCAGGCUGCAGUGUGCAUGGGGUAGAGAGAGAGAGAGAGGGAGGGGGGGACCCAACUGAGAUCCCUUUGGGUUAAGCCCAACUGUAAUUCCAGCUGCCUCCACCUGAGAGCAGUGUAGAUCUAAUCUUGCCUUGAAAUAGAUCGUGCCUUAUAUGUAAAUGUAAUUAAAGAUUUUAAUAAUUUGGAAAAUGGGACUUGGUAUAUAAUAUUUUUGUGCCUAUUUUUGUAUGUGAUGCUCUGUGACUGGGAGGUGGUUUGUACAGAGUGGGGUUUGAGCCUACACAGCUGCCCAUUUGGGGAGAUGUGUCAUCACGGAGUGAAACUAUCAUGCCCACUCUCUUGUUGAUUCUUCUGAAAGUAAAACAAAAAAGAUGUCUUUACAA